AUGAGUGCUGUCUGCCAUGCCUGUGCCAUCGAAGUGGUGGAAGCUCCCAUUACUUGCAACGGAUUUUGCAAAGCUGUGUUCCAUCUCAAGUGUAGCGGCAUUCCCACGGCUAUCUCGGAUGAAUUGCCCAAAAUUAAGCAGCUGUACUGGAUGUGCAAAUCGUGCUCUAAGUUGAUGGAUGACGUGCGCUUCCGAAGCUCAGUUCGGGGUGCUUACGAAGCUGGCCAGGAACAUGUUCUCACCGCUCACAGCGAGAUAGUUGAGAAUAUGAAAUCGAGUAUACUGUCGGAACUGAAAAAUGAAAUCCGUUCUAACUUUACCGCCCUAAUUAACUCGAGUACACUCACUCCAACAACACGUCCGUCAGCUACAAAAUCCAUCAGAAGUCGUCGCCUGUUCCAAAACACCAAUCAACAUGCGAAGGACUUGAUGUGUGGAACCGGAGGCUCGUUGUCACCAUCGCUUGGAAAGCUCACCGCAUCAGCUUCCGAUGAAAAAUUCUGGCUCUACAUAUCGCGUCUUGCACGUGAUGUAACAGUCGACCAAGUUCGCCAAUUGGCAAUAAAGCGGAUGGGCACGGAUGAUGUUGAUGUCGUUCGACUAGUUGCCAAAGGGAAGAAUGUUAACACCCUAACGUUCAUUUCAUUCAAAAUUGGCCUAAACCCUGACCUCAAAGCUAAAGCCCUCUCAACUUCGACGUGGCCUAAGGGAAUUCUCUUCCGGGAAUUCAAGGACAGAAAGUCGUCCGGAAAUUUUUGGAAGCCCCAUCAAACGCCGACAGACAAUCACUCUCCAAGCUCGCCAUCGGGACGCAGCAUCACGGAUUCGAACACCAUGACCGAAUAA